UUCUUUCUAGCCGCUUCGGUUCAGUCUAUUAAACAGUUUAGGUUGAAAAGUGUUUGAGAAGGACUCGACCGGUCGCAUUUUCCGUGGCGUUUUAAAAGUAUUUAAAGUUGAAGUUUCUACACUUCAUACGCUUAUUAGUUCUAGAUCUUACACAUUUAGCCAGAAACGGUCAAGUAAUUCUGGAAUUCGCCGACUGUUUCGUCUUUUAGGAAGCAAUAAAGCCGAAGGUGACUCGCGUUCACGUUUCGCGGCGUAGAGUCACGUAUCCCUUUGACUUUUUCAUAGUUUUUGCGCACAUAUAAAACCUGUUUUUGGAUGUGUCAGAGUUUCUCUUCAAAUGUCGUGGACGAGCACCAUGAGUAGUGGAUACAGUAGUUUGGAAGAGGAUUCAGAGGAAUAUUUUUUCACUGCCAGAACUUCCCUGUUCAAAAAGCCUUCAGUUAAACCCACGAACCUCAAGGAUGUGGAGAAAGAGAAAGAGCUGCGCACUCAUCUCACUUGUGAGGACAUCAGACAGAAGGUCGAGCAGUACAACACAAAGUCACGUGACCACUUUAAAAUGACACUGAAUACUAAUGGCAUGUACACAGGAUUUAUCAAGGUGCAGUUGGACCUGCGGAGGCCCAUCACAGUGAAAGGAGGCGGGGUAGGUGGGGUCAAAGGUCAGGAGGCGUUUUACCUUCCGCGUGGCUCCGUAAACACCCUGCACAUCAGCAGCACCAACACUGUGCGGCAGGUGAUCGAAGCGCUGCUGAGAAAGUUCACCGUGGCCGACAACCCCGCCAAGUUCGCCUUGUUCAAACGCUUCAGCAGAGAAGACCAAGUGUACACCUGUAAGCUCUCGGAGGACGAGCACCCUCUCUUCCUGCGUCUGGUGGCGGGACCCAGCACAGACACACUCAGCUUCGUCCUGAAGGAGCAGCAGACCGGUGAAGUCCUGUGGGACGCCUUUUCCAUCCCCGAGCUGCAGAACUUCCUCCGUAUUUUGGAUAAAGAGGAACAGGACCAGAUGUGCUCGAUAACCAGACGCUACAAUGCCUACAGAGAGAAACUGGAGGAGGCCAUGAGAGCGACGGGCGGCCCUGGAUAAAACCAGCAUGUUAUGAGAAGGAACUGUAGCACUGCUGCCUCUAGUGCUCACUGUGUGUAAUGAACACACACCCAGUCUCAGAAACUCAGAGGACAGCACUGAGCUCCCAGAAUGCACCUCAGGUGCCAUAUUUACCCAUCCACCCUCUUUCACACUUUCAGUUGUUUCUCAUGUUCUCUGUUCUUUUACCUCUUGUGAAAGAUGCAAACGUGAAAAUCAGAUUAGUUUUUUUUAUUUAAUUGUUGAAUGCUGUGGUUUGUACAUAUUUCUGUUUGUUUUAAUUUAUGUGGGCGAUUUUUAUUUUACUAGGAGUCUUAUUUGUUUUUUAAAUAUACUAAGUGUCCAGAAACUGAGAAACUGGUGGGAUUGGUGAUUUAUGAUGUUAUAUUUUAGAUUAAAUACAAAAUGACUCCUAACGUGCCCUACCAAAGAUAGUGUUGAUGUGCUGUUGACAAAAUGAUGAUAACCUGCUGGCCACACGAGACCCAACGGACAGGAAGCGCAUGUUUGUGGACGAGAAGAGUGAAGGUGGGGAUGUAGGGACAGGAAAUCAGGACUAAAGCAAUGUCAUAAUCAUCGGUCGCUGCUAAUCGGAUGGCUUAAAUGCAAAUAAAAACCUUUUUAAAUCAGAGAAAAAGCAAGCAUUCUUAUGUGAUGCGCUGGAAUCGGAAGAGUGAGGAAGUUGGCGAAGGAGCUUUAGAGGAUUUUAGAAAGUGUCAUGCAGCAGAUCUGACUGAUGUCGGUCGGGGUCAGAUGAUCUUAUUCAGUGAAUUAUAGGUCGUGAUGGCCUCAAGUUUAGUGACUAGGGCAUUUGCUGUUCACAUUUUGUCAUCAGCCCUGGAGAAUGUUUUAGAGAAUAAACAAAUGACUAUACAAGUAAUGAAGAUUGUUUUGAAGCUACGGCCUGGAAAUAGAUUUAAGCUAUUUUUUUCUUUUUUUUUUUGUGUGAAUAUAAUGUAUAAUCACACUGAUCUGAUUUACUGUACCAAACGUUAAUUUCACGUGCAUUUCUGCAUUGCAUGAAGAUGUAGCUGAAACUGUUACUGUUGUGAGGUACAGUAAAAUAAAUGCAGACAGUGCUUCUUUUCACAGCACAGAAGGUCGACAUUGAUGACGGGGUUUGAAAUGAUACUUGUGUAUCAGUAGGUGAUUUAAUAUUUAUACACAUUUAUUUUUCUAUAUGCUAGUGCUGCAUGACGGUUUUCUGAUUGGUACUGCAACAUUGUUGUCUAUUGUGACACAUGCAUGGCGAGGUAGCGGCACCUUGUGGUCAACUGAUGUAACUACAUCUCUGCAGUCUUAUUCUCACCUGUGCCAGUUCAUUCGAUUAUUUUAGACAAAGAUUGUGUGCUUUUUUUAAAAAGAUUUAUUUCUUUAUUAUCCGUUUUGUAACCUCUAACCAAAGAUCUAGAUAAAAUGCAUAGUUUAAUUUAAGUUUGAUGUAAAUUGCCUGGUGCAAUCAGUUCUACACCUCAAUAAACUGAGGUUAAAUUACAGUAUCUGUCUUGUCUGAUGGUUUUACCAGGGCAACUUUAAUUGUAAACACUGGGGUGAAUAUAAAUUGGAGUAAUUUAGUGUAAGUGUCGUGUGAAUAUAGCAUCAUGACAGUCUCAAUAUAUGCAAUUGAAGAGGAUAAUGAUUUUUGGGCACUUUGUUUUAAUUCAGGGAAUUAUUUUUGUUUUUGUUUUAUUUUUGUCUUCAUCAGAUGCCUUAUUGUCUUCCACGGUUUUAAAACGGUAUUGCAUCUAGUGGAAGCUCAGUUAUGUUUUAUUGAAGUGUUUUUUUUUUAUUAUUAUUAUUAUUAUAGCUGUUUCAGUACUUGAUUUUUUUUCAUAAACAAGCUUUUGUUUGUAGAGUAAGACUGUGAAUGAAUGUUAAACUGUAUUCCCGUAGUAAAGGGGUAGUGUGGAUGUGAGUAAACUGCUUGAGUAAUUCUGAGCAUGUGUUAUAUUAAUUCAUGCAUAUUUAAUGGCUGUUUUAGGAAAUCACAGGCCAGAGCUGUUGAUCUGUCUGUUUAACAGCAUAGUUAGAGUUUGCUCACAAAAAACACUCCGCAUUUGCCAAAACUUCUCAUUUUGUUCCACAGUUUUAAGUUACAUGCAUAUUUUGUGGAAGUUUAUGAUAUAAGUUUCAUACAUUGAACACUGGUUUUGAAAGGUUUAGACUAAAUUUCUAUUUUUAGAAUCCAAAUGAAUCCCAGUUGUCAUGCUUUUAUUUUUUAUUUUUGAGGGUUUGUAUUGUCACCGAUUGUGGCCUUUCUUGUUAAAGACCUGGUUUCUCUAAAUAAAAGUUUCAGGAAAAGUUA